AUUGUUUAGGAAUGCGUAGCGGAUGGCUCAGUGUGUAUUCUCACCCUUCUCCGUUUUCAGAGCAUCUCUCCUCUCUCUCUCUCUCUCUCUCUCUCUCUCUCUCCGAUUGGAGCAGGGCAUAAGUGGACGGAGGCUCUCGCUAUCAUAAACGCCGGCGCUCCGACGAAGUACAUCGGGAGAAGAGCACUACAGCAUCCCUCUUUGAUUUCCUGCCAUGGAGAUGACCAUUGCGGAGGAGGAUGCAUCUCCGCCGGAUUCCUACGCCGCCCUUGUUCUUGGUGGCACCUUCGAUCGCUUACACGAGGGCCAUCGCCUCUUCCUCCAGGCGGCCGCUAAAUUGGCCAGGGAGCGAGUUGUUGUUGGCGUUUGUGACGGUCCAAUGCUGGCUAAGAAACAGUAUGCUGAUCUAAUAGAGCCUAUCGAGCAAAGAAUGGCAAAUGUGAAGAAUUACAUCCAGUCUAUCAAGCCACAUCUCGAUGUACAAGUAGAACCAAUUGUGGAUCCUUAUGGCCCUUCAAUAGUUGAUGAGAAUUUAGAGGCCAUUCUUGUCAGCAAGGAGACGCUACCUGGCGGAAUUUCUGUUAACAAAAUGCGAGCCGAGAAAGGUCUCUCCCAACUAAAGAUUGAGGUUGUAGAACUGCUCUCCGAAGGAUCGAGCGAAGAUAAGCUGAGUUCUUCAGCUUUGAGAAAGCUUGAAGCUCAAAAACACUGUUAAAGGUGACACAUCCAUGGAAUGAUAUGCAUUGUUGUUGUCUUCUCCUUGCUUGAGUAUGAAGCAAGUGAAAUAGCAUGCAAUUUUGGAUGCAUCAAAGAUUAUCUUCUUGAGCAGAUUUUGAGAUACACUAAAUAUGAUUUGUACUUGGUCGAUUGGAAAUUUAUAUUUU